AUACAAAGCCCAAAACUCAAUGCUUUUCUGCCAUAGCAAUCGACCUCGGAGCCGAUCGUUGCAGCGCCUUCGUUUGGAGUUCCGGCAGGAGGACGGCCGCCGUGGAAGAGUUCCCUGGUGUUCAUAGUGCUCCAGAAAUGUCGAGAAUCGCCUCCCUACCAAAACUGGUUAGUCGAAUCAACCAUCUUAAUCUGCACAAAGCUCUAUCUCAGUCCUCCAGUUUCAGCACAAUCCUCCAGUCCGUCGACAUUGGAACAGUUCCAAAACGACGACCCCAAUUAAUCGGCGAAAAUGUUUCUAGAAAGGACAAGAUUGGCAUUCUCGUAACAACGCUGAAUGAUCUUCCGAACAGCAAAGAAGCUGUGUAUGGAACUCUCGACGCUUGGGUUGCGUGGGAGCGAGAUUUCCCGAUCGGCCCACUGAAGCAGGUCUUGAUCCGUCUCGAGAAAGAUCAGCAAUGGCACAGAGUCAUCCAAAUUAUCAAAUGGAUGCUAAGCAAGGGACAGGGCACGACCCGGGGAACAUACGGCCAGUUGAUCCGGGCCCUCGAUCACGACCGUAGAGUCGAAGAAGCCCACGAGAUCUGGAAAAAGAAACUCUCUUAUGAUCUCCAUUCCGUCCCGUGGAAGCUCUGCGAUCUCAUGAUCUCCGUUUACUACAGAAACGAUAUGCUCGAGGAUCUGGUGAAGCUGUUCAAAGGCCUGGAAUCGUUCGAUCGGAAACCUCCCGGGAAAUCGAUCGUGCAGAAAGUAGCGAAUGCGUAUGAGCAGCUCGGGUUAUGCGAAGAGAAGGAUCGGAUACUUGAGAAGUACAAGACUCUGUUCGACGAAUCGCCUGAUCGGAAAUUCAAGAAAAUUAGUCGCGCCCGGCGGCUGAAAAACGACGAUAGAUCGACGGAGGCCGAGCAGCCGAGCUCUGACGGCCCUUUGGAAGGAUAGGUUCAGUUCGAUGGUUGUCCUUCAGGUAUGUUGUAAGAUUUCUAUCGUUGAGAUUGAAAUUGAUGCUACUUUGAUUGAUUUUGUGCUUUAAGUAUUUCUUUACCGUU